UGAUGUACUUUGAAAUGUUUCAGUAUGUCCUGUCUCGGCUCUGUGCUGCCAUCCUCCCAAGCGUGUGUUGUGAUGCUUUGUAGGGCAAACAAGGACUUUGCUUUUGAGUAGCAGGCAGGAGGGCAGCUGCCUGGCCUGCAUAUGGGGGCUUUAGUCUUGUGGGCCUUUUCCUUCAGGACGCAGGGUUGUCUUUGUGGUAAUGACUUCUGUAAGUCGCUGCGUCCCUUCAGCUGUGCUCCCUCUGCCUGGGGAUGUGGAGGGAGAGGAGGAGCGGUCCUCCUCUUGUUCUGCGGGGUGGGCUUCAAGCUGAAUACUCACAGGGCUCUUCCCUUGCUGGUCGUAAGCAAGCUCAGCUUGCAGCAGCCCUCCAAGCCCUGGCUUGCUAUGAGCCAUGUGUGGCUGAGGAAUUUGGAUCUGCUUUGCCUUGUCUCUUGCCAUUGGUUGGCCUCAGUGUGAAGGAGAGAGGUAUAAGCUCUGUGCAAAGCAGUUCCUGCGACUGCGCUGCUCUCCUUCUGCGGGGUUUGUGGUGUCUAAUAAAGCAUUCAGUUUACUUUGAAGCCAUCCGAAGGCAUACAGACACAUGCUCCCUUUCUGUCCCCAGCUGCCUGUUCCACAAAAUCUUGCAGGAACUUAGUAAAUCUUUGAGUCCUUUAUCCCUCUGUUCAAGGUUGGUGCAAUACUGGCUGCUGGGGAGCUGGACAGGCAUGCACUGUGUGCUCAUAUAAACCUCCUGGUGUAAGGAUGCCAAACUGAAAGCUGGUAUUUCAUUUUUUAAGCUUUGCUUUUCCACUUCUCUCCUCUUGCUAACCCAAUGAGCUGUGUUAUUUCAUUCCUGAUGAAUCUUGCCACUGUUCCUCUCUGCUUCCAAGCCCUGCUUUCGAUGAAGUUGUCUUUAAUCGAUAAAGGGAAGCAUGAAGCUAUUUGCAGAUGAUGUUUCUUCAUGAAUAUAUUGCCAUUUGGGAUGACCUAGCUGGGAACUGUCAUCCUGUUCAUUCCUCAUUCCUUGCAAAUAUUUCAAAGGCAAUUCUUCCUUUUUUUUUUUUUUUUUGUCUCUCUGGGAAUGUUUUUCCUUUUUUCUUCCUCCUUGUAUCUGUCUGCAAUCAUCUGUUCUCUGGUCAAGAUUCAUCUCUUUCUCAAGAAAUCAGUUGGCAUUCUUUAGAUCUCCCUGAAAAAAAAAAACCACCCAGAUGUGAAUACACUUCCAGAGUUGUUAAACCAUCUCACAAAGCACACUGAGGUGGUGAUGGGCUUUGAGAAAUGGCCUGGAUGAGACCUAAGGAACAUCUUUGUAUCUCUGGCUGGAGCAGCCGAAUUUUGCUCUUGCGGUGUGUCUGCAAGUCUGGCCCUUCCUUAGGCUCCCUCCCUGUUUGCUCAAGGCUGGGGCUACCCGGCGGGGCAUGAAUGAGAGCUUCUCUUCCCGACUGACUGCUGGUCCCCCUCCUUCUCCCACCUCCUUCCCAAACCUCCUCUCUCCUCCCAGCUCAGCCCCUCGUUGCCUGUGCUCCUGAGCUCUGCCCCUCCAGCUGGAGCCGCAGGUUUAUCUGGAGGCGAGGAGUCUCUGGUUUGUAAGCUGAGACCCAGGAGGAGGAGGAGGGAUCUGCUGGACCCCGGAGGAGAAAGGGUUUAGCUGCCCAGGAGGAACGAAGAGAGGCAGAGCCUGGGCACCAUGGCUGGAUUCUCCGCUCUUGGACUUCUCUUCCUAUGUCAGCUAUUAGCCACAACACCAGCUCAGAGAGUAGGACCACAAGGCCCCCCUGGACCACGAGGACCCCCUGGACCAUCUGGCAAGGACGGCAUCGAUGGAGAGCCGGGCCCUCCUGGUUUGCCAGGCCCACCAGGGCCAAAAGGUGCACCAGGGAAGCCUGGAGCAGCUGGUGAAGCCGGGUUGCCUGGCCUUCCUGGAGUGGAUGGUUUAACGGGAACUGAUGGCCCACCUGGCCCGAAUGGGCCUCCAGGAGACCGUGGUGCAUUAGGACCUGCCGGGCCACCUGGACCAGCUGGCAAAGGACUACCAGGACCUCCAGGGCCUCCAGGACCCAGUGGGCUCCCAGGUGGAAAUGGAUUUCGGGGUCCUCCUGGUCCCUUUGGUCUGCCAGGAUUCCCAGGGCCUCCUGGACCACCCGGACCUCCCGGUCUUCCAGGCUCCUUUCCUGAUGGCGGUGGGGACCUUCAGUGCCCAGCUCUGUGCCCACCGGGUCCUCCAGGUCCCCCAGGAAUGCCAGGGUUCAAGGGACACACUGGUCACAAAGGAGAACCUGGUGAAAUAGGAAAAGAAGGAGAGAAGGGUAACCCUGGCCCUCCUGGUCCUCCAGGAAUUCCCGGCAGUGUUGGCCUGCAGGGCCCAAGAGGACUAAGAGGCCUCCCUGGUCCAAUGGGUCCGGCCGGUGACAGAGGUGACAUUGGUUUCAGAGGGCCACCUGGAAUCCCAGGACCUCCAGGGAAAGCUGGAGACCAAGGAAACAAAGGACCUCAAGGAUUCAGAGGGCCCAAAGGCGAUACUGGUAGACCUGGACCAAAAGGAAACCCAGGGGCUCGUGGACUCAUAGGAGAACCUGGCAUGCCUGGCAAGGAUGGACGGGAUGGAGCUCCUGGACUCGAUGGUGAGAAGGGUGAUGCAGCUCGCAUGGGUGCUCCUGGAGAGAAAGGACCAAACGGACUGCCUGGACUGCCUGGAAGAGCAGGUGUUAAAGGCUCAAAGGGUGAAGCAGGCAGUCCUGGAGAGAUGGGAGAGGCAGGUCCCUCUGGAGAGCCAGGCAUCCCUGGUGAAGUUGGUAUUCCUGGUGAGAGAGGUCUGCCAGGACCCAGAGGAGCAACUGGACCGCUUGGUCUUCAAGGCCUGAUGGGAGUCCCUGGUGUCAGAGGUUUCCAGGGUCCCAAAGGUGCCAGUGGUGAACCUGGCCUUCCUGGUCCGACUGGAAUUCGUGGAGAGUUAGGUGACAGGGGUCCUACUGGUGUUCCUGGUCCCAAAGGUAACCAGGGCAUUGCUGGAGCAGAUGGCCUCCCAGGUGACAAAGGAGAACUGGGUCCCUUUGGUCCCCCCGGCCAAAAAGGAGAGCCAGGAAAAAGAGGAGAACUUGGUCCAAAAGGUGUCCAAGGACCUAAUGGGACAGCGGGAGCACCAGGGAUCCCAGGACAUCCAGGGCCCAUGGGCCAUCAGGGAGAGCAAGGCAUUCCUGGCAUCACGGGAAAACCUGGGCCACCUGGCAAAGAGGCCAGCGAACAACAUAUAAGAGAACUCUGUGGGGAAAUGAUAAAUGAUCAAAUUGCACAGUUAGCUGCUAAUCUGAGAAAGCCCUUGUCUCCUGGAAUGACGGGCCAUCCUGGCCCAGCUGGUCCCCCGGGUCCUCCUGGAGCUAUGGGAAGUGUUGGGCAUCCUGGUCCUCGUGGUCCCCCUGGAUACAGAGGGCCAACAGGAGAACUUGGUGAUCCUGGUCCCAGAGGUGACACUGGCGAAAAGGGAGAUAAAGGACCUGUUGGUCAAGGUAUCGAUGGGCCUGAUGGUGAUCAAGGACUUCAAGGACUACCUGGUGUACCUGGAAUUACUAAAAAUGGUCGUGACGGUGCUCAGGGUGAACCUGGUCUUCCAGGGGAUCCUGGUACUCCUGGUGCUAUUGGGGCUCAGGGAACUCCAGGAAUAUGUGACACGUCGGCUUGCAUGGGAGCUGUUGGAGCAUCAAUUUCCAAAAAAUCAUAAAACAGUACAAGAAGUGGAGAAGUGACUGAAUAUUUAAAUAAACAGUGCAUUGUAAGAGAACAGACAGAAUCCUCCUCCUAGUGAUAAAUGGACAGAUGUUCCUUCUAUUGUAUUAAGUGGAGACUUUGACACAGUUCUAUGAAAAAGAAAGCAUCAGAUGAAAACUUUAAUUAAAAGAUGCUUUAUGAGUAUUUUCUCCUCCCCCCAAUUAUUUUCCAGAAUUUUUACUACUAAACAACCUUACCUUCUCUUUCUCCCUUUGUUCAAGAGACCUGCAAGAGGAAGCAUUGUUCCUUUUUACCAUCACCCCCCCCAACCGUGUACUAAAGAUCACAACUUUUCUGUAUAAACAUUUGAGCCUUGCCAGUUGAAUUCCUUGGUGCUGCUCCCACUGACUUCAGUUAUGCAGGUUUGUGCACUAAGAUAUAUGUUGUUAAGAUAUUCAGGCACCUAACUGCUACUUCCAUCAGUGGAAAUUAGGCAUUUAAAUAUCCUGUACUUUAAUAUCUUAAGAUUCUGGCCUAAGAAAAGACCAUAGCUUAUGUACAAUGCUGUCAGUUGCCAAUUUUCAGAUUGCGCCUCAAAUAUUUGCCAAGACUAGUAAAUAGUAAUCCUCUUGCAAUCAAAUUCUGCAAAAGGUGUAAUGUAUAUAUUUUAAUAUACAGGGGAGAAUUUUUGUAUAUUUCCAUAUGAUAAUAAAGGAAAUUAAGUAACAGCAUUUUCAUGACCUCUACUUAAGCUAUUUGCACAGUAAUUGUGAAUGAAACCCCAAAUAAGAAAGGAUACUCUUCUAAAGUCCAGCCAAAAACACCUGUAUGAACUGUUGUAAAAAUAAAAGGAGAUUUUUUUUUUAA